AUGCCCUCCGCUACCGCUGACCGGAAUGCUGUAGCAAAGAUUCUUUUCUAUGCCAACUCUGGGACGGAGGGCGGAGGGUUCGUGAGUUUGUAUCUCUCCUGUGAACCCACUACCGAAGAAAAAGACAAUGCGGUGGACGGAAAAUGGGUGCGGGAGGGAGUCUACAAAUUCAGUUUUGAGCUUCGAAGCCUCGGGAAGACCGUAUUGUUCAAUAUCAAAGAAGCGCACAACCACUCGUUCUCAUCCAAGACAGCAAAUUGGGGAUGGGCUCAGUUUGCGCGACGAGACCAUGUAUACUACCAUUCAACCGCUGUCAAGGAACAGGAUGCCUUCCUCGUCAUCUGCACCAUCACGUCAUCCCCGACCACCCCUGCGCAACCACCAUCAACAAUAACUCAGCUUGUACCAAAGGACUUCCUGGAACGUGUCGGCUCGUUGCUUGACGAUCCGAUGUACUCUGACGUCGAGUUCGUCCUGCCUUACCGAGGUAGGGCAAAGGGUUGUAGGUGUAUCUACGCCAAUAGAAAGAUAUUGCAACGAGCAGAUUACUUUCAGACUAUGUUCAGCUCAGGAUUUUCCGAGGCUUCUUCAGACCAAGGUCAACAUGAUAUUGAUGAUGAUGGUGCUUCAGACGACACCUAUCUUGGCCGUCAAUUCGAUGAUUCGGAUGACGAAGAUGAUGAAUUCAUGACGCAGAUAGUCGAUGAACCGAGUUUCGAUGGCACUUCGGAGAUGCAGAUCGAAGAGGAUGCUGGAUCCUCUGUGCCAGUUGCAGGUACCAACAACACCGAAUCAAAUGCCCAUUCCGUAGAGGAAGAUGGACAAAUGUCGAGUGGUCCGGAAGACGGGCAGGCGUGUAAUGUCCAACCUAAGUUGUCCCACCCGUCAUCUCCAAGGAGUCUUGAUGUACCUCUUGUCAAGAAUGAACACGAUUGGACGAAACUAACAGCACCGCCGGAAGCCAAGGAGGUUCCAGGACCCAAGAAAAUGCGUGUCGUUAUCCGGGACGUCGCAUAUGCAACUUACAGGGCGGUUCUCUACUACAUUUAUACCGAUGUCAUUGUCUUUGCCCCUAUAUCGUCGUCGGCACCGACAAUAGCGUCGACAGCCCAAGCGCCUUCUGAUAGUCAGUCCAACUUGCUUGAUGCUCCAAAGACAGGGGCUUCGACGGAAAACCCCACCUCGAGGAGAGAGUGGAUUCGAAAGUGGCAACAAGGUCAUCCAGGGCGACCGUCGCCUUGUUCUGCCAAGGCUGCUUAUCGAUUGGCAGACAGUGAGUCAAUCAUACGCAUUCCUGGACUAUUGUUACUUACUAUACAGCACAUCCAGAAGUCGCUCACUGUCGACAAUAUUCCAUACGAAGUGUUCUCUCCAUUCUCUGCAACCUUUUCAGACGUCCGCAAGGUCCAAGUUAACUACUUCCUUGAGCAUUGGGGAGAUAUCCGUUCUUCAGAGGCUAUGCGCAAUGUGUGGCAGCAAAUUCGCAUUGGAAGACAUCCUGGAUUCGAGGAAGUGUGGCCCUUGAUUGCACAACACCUAGAAUUCAACCCGAAGGCGGGUGGAGCAGGAGAUGCGGAAGCCAGUGAGAGCUAG